CACCCGCUCCUGUCCUCCUUCGUUUUCCCUUUUUUUGGCGUGGAUCGGCUCCUUUGCUAGUGCUUACACCUCUUGCUUUGCAGCUGAGCUAUUAAUACUAUUUUCCAUAUGCUUUUUGUGGUGAUGUCAACUGAUUUUGACAGGCACUGCGAAGUUGUAAAAUCUCAUAGAAAUGGGGGUACUCCCAACUGUUCUCUCGGUUUAACGGAACCACUUGCGGGAUAUGACUCAAAUAAGAUUUCGGCUGUCCCCAUUUUGAACAAAACAAGUGCCCUGGCCCUCCAGCCCAUUAAUGUACUCGCUCUUUCUGAAGUUGCCAGCAGCGUAGCUCGUGAUGAUUCGGCUUCACUGGAGAGCGAAGGCUUAGAGUUACCGCCUUCAGCGAAAGAGGUUAACAUGGUUCGAAGUCCCGUUAAUAAAAUUCCCGGUACAGUUAACGGUAAAACGAGAGAACUUUCCACCCUUGGCAAUAUUAAAGAAAAUUGUGAGGAGGAGAUUUCUAAGAGCGUUGGAAAUGCUCGCUCGGACAGUGAUUUGGAAGAAAGUGCUAAUAAACUUAAUGGAGUUGCCGAAAUUGAAAUUUCUCGCGAUUUGUACCCUAACAUCGGUGAUUCUGGGCUAUGUGCUACCUCUAUGACUGGCACUAAGCAGCUUACCUUUCAUCGGACUAAUCAACUUGAUUUCUGUGAAAAAGGAAUACUGAAGAUUGUGUGGAAACACAAGGACGCUUGGCCUUUUUACAAACCCGUGGAUCCUGUGGCGUUGAAUAUACCCGACUAUUUCGAUAUAAUUACUCAGCCCAUGGAUUUUGGAACAAUCAGAAAAAAGCUGAAAGACAACGCAUAUGAAACAGCAGAGCAUUGUUUAGAGGACUUUCGGCUUACCUUCGAAAAUUGCAAGCGUUACAAUCCUCCCAGUAGCGAUAUUGUGAGGAUGUGCGAGAACGUUGAGUCACUUUUUUUACAACGCGCUUCCAUGCUCCCGAAAGAAGUUUUUGUUCUGCAUUCUACAACUGCUCCUGUUCGCCCUAUAAAAAGGAAGAGUAUCGUUAAAAACCGAAAGCUUUUAAAUGGAGGGCCCGCGAGCCACACCACUGAUGACCAGAGUGUUACUGCAUCCUCUGAUCAUGCUACCGCUUGCUUAACCUCCCCGCCUCCUACUGGUUUUCCACAGCGAGAGCCCCUUAAGCGGGAGCGUUAUAAGAAAACUCCCGUUAGAUCUAAGAAUGAUAUUAAGUAUCUUGGCAUCAACGACUCCAUAUGGACACCCGACCAACCGUUGUUUGAGAGGCCUAACACCCGAAAGAGAAGCGUUGGUUUAAGCGAGCAUCGACUGUCGGUCACUGAAAAUUUAAAGAAGGUGGUUGAGGGUAAGGCCGACCCAUGUAAGCAUUUGGCGGCGUUGCCCAAGUUAAAUAUUAGUAAAGGCAAACUUUCUACUCGACUUCAGUUUUGCAAGAAGUUGUUACAGAAACUUUUUUCGAGAAAAUACCGGGACUUUGCAUGGCCUUUCUAUACUGCCGUUGACGCGGAAAGUUUGCAACUACCCGAUUAUCACACUGUGAUUAAGAAGCCCAUGGACCUCUCUCUCAUCAAAUCUAAGUUGGAGAACAAGCAGUACUCCACACCUCGUGAGUUUGAGAGCGACAUGAACCUCGUCUUUCGAAAUUGUCGCCGUUAUAAUCCGCCGGACUCUGAAAUUUACCAAAUGUGCCGAAAGUUACAGGAUGUUUUUGAGGAGGGCUACGCGCUUCUACCUGAUGAGAGUGACGUGGAGAGCGGUACUUCCCUGGACUCCCAUUCUAAGCCCGACGGGAAGUCCAGCGGAAAACUAAAUGGCCAUAGCUCAUCUAUAAAUAACACUCAGAAUAUUGAUAUUAUUGGCCAGAGAGAUGUAGCUGAAAAACUUGAGAAACUUCAAGAGGUUGUACUAUCCCUCCAGAAGCAAGUUACAGGGGCUACCAUUGCAAGUCCUGAAGGCGUAAAGAAGCGUCUUUUUACUAAAACAAGGAGGUCCAUGGGCAAGUCAUUCUCUGGUGGAAGGUGGAGCGGCAAAACUUCUGGACAGAGGCCUGAUCCCGUUAAGCAUAAACAAGUGUCUCAGUUCAAGAAAAAAGAAUCUGUAAAACCUUCUAAAAAGAGGCUGAAGAACUCUCCUCUUGAUGAGGUUAUUAAUAAAAAGCAUAAAAAAGAAGCCACGUUACCCAUGACUCUUAGCGAGCAGCGUGAGUUGGGCAAUAAUAUACGUUCUCUAACAAGAGAAGAGAUUAAACCCCUUUUAAAGAUAAUAAGAGAUCAGAUCCCUCGUCUUACUGGCGGCGAAGAAAGUAAGCGAGAGGAAGUCCAAAUUGAUAUUGCAUCUUUGGACGCAGCCACUCUUCGCCGUCUGGACGGAUAUGUGAAAUCCGUAAUUGCCAGCAAGUCUAAAUCGCAGCUCGGUUCUGUUUACUCGAAAGCUGAAGCUCAACGUCUGCGUAGAGGAGACAGUAGUGAUAGCAGCGGCCUUUCUACAAGCGACAGCGGAUUAUCCGAUUCCUCAACUUCAGAUAUCUUCUCUGACUCGGAUGAUGACUUCACGACAAAAAGCAAUGAAGACUUAGUAGAGCAAAAAAAGGAGCCUGAGGAGCCCUUUAUGUCCGGUUUAGCAAAUGGGGUUGGUGCCAAAACUAAACUAGUUUCUGGUGAGCAGCCCGCAAAACUCAUUAACAAACUCUCCGAGACCCCCCUGUUGUCUCCGUGUACCGUCCUGUCUCCCACUAACAAAGGUGAACUAGCUGGUUUUCAAUUACCGGCCCCCACCACAGACCUCUCCAAGAAGGUGGUUAAACUUAGUAAUGCAAGCGCGUGGGGAAGUCUUGCCAACGUGGACGUUUCGGGGAGACCUUCCUGUAACUCUAACGGCAGGUCGGAGGGCCCUAGACCUGUUAUGGAUGAUCUAUUUGCAGAAUACAAGAGCAAAGCCAUUGAAAGCUUCCAAAAAGCGGAAGAUAUAAAAAGGCGUGAGCGGUUAGAGGUUGAGGAGCGUUUAAAAGCGCAAGUACAGCAAAAACUUGAAGAAGAGAAAAGAGAAAAGCACAUUAAACUAGAAAAGUUACGGGAAGAAGAGGAGCUCCGUAUCAAAACUGAGAAAGAGAGAUCCGAGCGUGAAGCUGCUAAGCAGCGUCGAAGAGAGGAAGAGCGCAAGCGUCGUCAGGAUGAACUUUCAACCCUUGAACAAGACGAUCUUCAUAAAGCAUUUGAUUUGGAGACGGCUUUUGAUUGAGUAAUCCUGUAGCUGUAUAGGCGACACAGUUUAGUAGUAGCGCCCCCCAUUGUAUGGAAUGGCUGCCUUACUGUUGUUUGCGCCGUUGAAGGAGCUGUAGUUACUUCUGCUUGUGUAUAAAUUAAGUAGUUUUUCAUAUAGUUAGAGAAUAAACUUGUACAUAUGUUUGGAA